AUGAUGGCAAGCUCUAAAGAAGGAUAUCUCUGGACACCAGCCGGCGAGACAGUCGGUCUUGUCAGUGACGGUGUCGUCUCAUCCACACCUCAAUCAACACUUCGCGAUAGCUAUGACGUGGUAGUAAUUGGCGCUGGCUUCGCAGGUCUCGUUGCAGCACGAAACAUCAGUGAGAGAACAGAUCACAGCGUUCUUCUGCUCGAGGGACGUGACCGCAUUGGCGGGCGCACCUGGACUGCAAAAGCCCUCGGAGAAGAGUUUGAAAUGGGAGGCACAUGGAUCCACUGGAACCAGCCGCAUGCAUAUGCCGAGCUGCAUCGUUACGGCCUUCAAUCUAUCAUGAAAACCUCCGAAGGAAAUCUUGAUGCCAAGGCCAACUACUAUACUCCAGCAAAUGCUACUAGCCAAGAAAUCAAUCCUGAAGAUGUGGGCCCGGUAAUUCAACGAGUGGCCGAUGCAUUUUUCACUAUAGAUGGCCUGACCAGCCGUCAAUUAAUGCCAUAUCCACAUGAACCAUUUCGCCAACCGGCACUAUGGGCCAAAUACGAUCAUCUCAGCGCCAAAGACCGCUUAGACCAGCUAGAUAUCCCUCAGAUCGAAAAGGAUAUAUUUGACUCCAUGAUCAGUUCCCUUGGAAGCGUGCCUGGUAGCGGGUGCGGUUUCGUUGAGUGUCUGCGAUGGUAUGCGCUUGGAAACCACUCAAUGGAGAACAUGUUUGAGCUGGCAGGGCUCUACAAACUCGGUAAGGGGGGCAUGAGUCGAUUUGCCCGGUCGAUCUUAUCUGAUUAUCGCGGCCAUUUGGUGCUGAACACCGUGAUCAAGAAGAUUGCCCAGACGGAUCAAUCUGUCCUCCUCCAUACGCAGAGCGGGCACCAAAUCCGCGCAAAAUAUGUCAUUUCUACUAUUCCGCACAACUGUCUCUCUGACAUAGAAUUCCAACCCCCAGUUGCGCCCAUGAAGCGGCAAGCCAUUCUGGCCGGGCACAUCAACCAAGGCGCCAAAAUCCAUUUCCACCUCGCCGAAGAAGAGCCUGGGUGGUUCUCCACGGCCAACGGCUACGGCGACUCGCCGUGGUGCUUCGCAUUUUCCGACCAUAACGGGACAAAGAAGAAAGAUGGCACAUAUUGUAUCGGGUUCGGAUAUGGGGGUUACUUGAAAGACCCCCGAGCCAGCAAGGAGAUCAUAUCCUCGUUUAGAAAGUACCUCAAACCUGAUGCACAAGUAAAAGCGUACCUGACACACGAUUGGAUGAACGAUCCCCUGGCCAAGGGGGUUUGGAGUUGCUGGGGACCAGGCGGCAUGACGAAAUGGCUGAGGGAGCUCCAGCAGCCUCAUGGCAGGGUGUUAUUUGCCAGUGCCGACUGGGCGGAUGGAUGGCGAGGAUUUGUUGACGGCGCCAUUGAAAGAGGGGGACGUUCGGCUAUUGAAGUUGAGGGUCUACUGCAGUCUGAUAAUCCAAGAGCA